AUGAUGGUGACAGUGCGCCGCGUUGUGUGUGCGUUGGCCGCUGCUCUGUGCUGCACGGCCUUGUGCGUGGCUGCUGCUGCUGAUGCCCUCUCUGUGCAGCCAGUUGUGGCUGAAGGUGUGGCAGCUGCGGGUGGUGGCGGCGAGUCCCCAGAAGCUGCACUUCAGGGUAUCAAAGCCGCGAUUGCGAAGAAGGAGGCGGAGGUUCAAACGAAGAAAGGCGCAUAUGAGGAAGCAAGGGGCCGUGCAUGGGACGCUAAAGUCGCAGUGUCUGCCCUUGAGAAGGCCCGGGUAGCAGUCUCUGAGGCUGCGGACGCAAUGAAGUCAGCUGUACGGAACGCAAACACGACCAAAGUUGCGGCGAUUGAAGCGUAUGUCAAAGUGUUGGAGCUAAAAGCGAAUGUUAACAAACUGAACCCGGGUACAACGCCUACAAAUACGGAGGAUGCCCCAAAAGAAGCUGCCAAAAAAGAGGAUGUCAAGACAAACGCGACGGCGAUGGAAAGUGCGUCUAAGGCCAUGCUGGUGAGCGCUGAACAAACGAAAUCAGAGGCUGAGGGUUAA